AUGUAUACAUCAAGUUGUGGAAAUUUGACAGAUCAAAGAAUGGAGGUGGCAGGUGCAGGGGGGUUUCUCCGCUUUUCGGCACUACCCGAAGCGUGCACAUGCCGAUCGAUAUUGGAGAUGGUCAAGUGCGUAAGAGGAUCUGAAGGCAGUGGAAACUUGAGAACAUAUAUGAUAUACCCCCAUCAAGCCACUCUCCUAAUAAGCGGUAACACGACCAGAUAG